GCCCCACUUAAUAAUAUAGAUUUUAAUAAUUUCCUCCUAAGUAUUGUUUUUAGGCGCAUUAGGCAAUAUUGUUGUUAUGCUAUCAUUUUACCAUAUUAAAGGAGAUUACUAGUUUCACAGUAUUCGUGGGCCCAAGCCCAACAGACAGUCCAUGAAGAAAAAUUACCCAAAGUUGAUUUUUAAAAUAUAAAUAAAAUCAAAUAAUUAUCUUCCGUCUCAUCUUCCAACCCAGGAGCUGUACUUUAGAAAAUUUCCCAGAUAAGAGAUUCAAAUUCUGUACUUGUAUACCCGGCGGAGCAGAAGAUGAAGCAACCGGCGACACCAAACGCGGCGGAGGAAACCAAAUCAGAACAAAAGCAGAAAUCGAAGAAAUUCCCAACUCCGACGGAACUAAUCUCUCACUACCAGAAACGAGGGCUGGAACCAGCAGAAGCUUCAAUAAAGGUCAUCGAAGAUUUACAAAACGCGCUCGUCCGAGUAGUUUCGUCCUCCAGAAACGCCUCGAGCAAGGAUAAGCUUGUAACCGACGCGAGGAAAAUCGACGCCAUUAACGGGAGGCUUGCCGUCGUCGACGCGAAGCUGGAGACGAAACCUGGAUACGUUGAGACUUUCGCGUUAGGGUUAGCUUCUGGUGCGACACUUAACGGAAUUAGCGCCGUUUGGCCUCACGUUACCAGAGGCAUUGGUCAAAUUUGGUCCGCCGUUAGGAUCGGGACGGAUCCUUCAUCUACCUCUUGAAUUGUUAGAAAGGAAAAUUCUAGGUUGAUAUGGUUUCUUAUGAGUUUUUUUCCGGUGUUGUAUUUAGUGAAAUUUGAGUAUCAGCGACUUCAAUCUUUGUACUGUUGAACAAUAAUCUCAUUAGAAAAUUAUCCCAAUUAAUUUUGCUCUAAAACAAAGAAAAGACAAUUUGUUAAACAGUUUUUAU